AUGGUCCGCCGCGAGGCGAGCCACCGUCUGUCCCAGCCCCUGCCUCUUCGCGCCCCCUCGAUGCUCUUAGCUGAGUGUCCCGCGGGGUCCGAAGCGUUUACUUUGAAAAUUAAGAGGGACGGCCGGGGGCAUUCGUAUUGUGCCGCUAGAGUCCCGCCCCUUUACCAUUGUAGCUCCGCCCCCUCGUGUAGCCACGCCCUCAUCCUUGGGCAUAAAAACAGUGGGUUGUUGCAGGUGUUCAAGCCACAGCGCUCCGGUGACUGCAACAGACACCAUGAAGCUCCACCUCCUCCCGCUCGCCCUUCUGAUGUCACUGAUGAUGUCACCAACGAUGAAGAAAGUGUGAGCAACAUCAUCGCCAAAGCCAACAAGGACCUUGACUCUGCGAUGACUGAAGGAGACAUAAAGUCCGACGGCCGCAGAAACGCACUCAGCUGUCGGUUCUGCAAGUGGCCCAAAAGCGGGAGCUACGUCAACAUCUUCUACCGCCUCAGCAACAGCUACACUUCAGAGCAGAAGGACUUCAUUCGUUCUGUGAUGACAGGACUGGAGAAUAAAACCUGCAUCCGCUUCAAAGAUGUGGACAGUGUCUCGUGGUGGAAAUAUUUAAGACAUCUGUCCAUCUACCCAGGGAAAGGGUGCUGGUCGUACAUCGGCAGGGUUUGGAACCUCAGAAGUCAGUCCCUCUCCCUCUCUUCUGGCUGUUUCACCACGGCAACCGUCCAACAUGAGCUUUUCCACGCACUCGGCUUCACCCACGAACACUCCCGCUCCGACCGCGACGACCAUGUGACCGUGCACAACCAGAACAUCCAAUCAGAUAAACUGCACAACUUCAACAAGUACAAAACCAACAACUUGUACACGCCCUACGACUUCAACUCCGUCAUGCAGUACCACAAUUGGGCCUGGACCAGUAACAAGAAGGCGACUCUGACCUCGAAGGAAAACCCAGGGUUGAGAUUUGGAUUUGCGAAGGUUGCAAGCGACAACGACAUCCUGCGGGUGAACCGCUACUACAAGUGCAAUGUCUGA